AUGGAACGCUUCUGUUGGCAGUACCUACAGCUAGAGAGCUCCCUAGACUUCCCCGCGCCCGAGGCCCUGCGCGAGGAGGCGUGCCAGGAGGAGCUGUUUCGGCGCCUGUUUGCCGACGGCGCCCUGGCCCACCCGCCGCCGCACCGGUACCAGCUCGCCGUGCUCAAGGAGCUCUCUGAGGCGACGGCGGCGCAGCAGAAGAGCUACGUAACUUAUCACCUCUCGCUGCUCGAGCCAGCCCCAGCAGCCACAGAAAAGGGAUACACGACAGCAGCAGCGACCCCGACCAUCGCGCUGCUCGAGGCGCGCUCGCUCAUAUCGGCCUUGGGCACGACGGGCCUGCGCACGUGGGAGGCGGCCCUGCACCUGGGCCAGUACCUCUGCGCGUCCGACUCGGGCCGCCUGGCCGACGGCGGCACCGUUGUGCGGGGCCGGCGCGUGCUGGAGUUGGGCGCGGGCACGGGGUACCUGUCGGUCCUGUGCGCAGCGCACCUCGGCGCGGCGCGCGUCGUGGCGUCGGACGGGUCCGACGACGUCGUCAACGCCCUGCCCGACAGUCUCUUCAUCAACGGGCUCCAGCACGACCCCUCCUCCUCCUCCUCGCCGGCCCGCGUGGCGCCCAUGGACCUCAAGUGGGGCCACGCCCUCGUCGGCACCGAGGACGCGGCCUGGGACGGCGGCAGGGGCGUCGACAUCGUGAUCGGCGCCGACAUCACGUACGACAAGGGGCUGGUCGGGGCCCUGAUGGGUACGCUGGUGGAGCUGGCGGGAAUGUUCCCCGGCGUCGAGAUCGUGAUUGCGGCCACGGAGCGCAACAGGGAGACGUACCAGGCCUUCCUGGACGCCGCGGGCAGGUCCGCAGAGCUGCAGGUGGUGGGCCACGUCGACUUUCAGGUCGAUGGCAGCAGGGGGCCGUUUUUCGACAGCGCCGUGCCGAUACACAUCUCUUGCUUCAAGGUCUGCCAGACAAGCAGCAUACUAGGCCCUAACGUCAAGCUAGCCCCUCCAAUCCUCAUCGUUCAAGCUACAGGCAAGCUAAGCGCUCUCGCAAUCGCUGUGUAG